AUGGGAGACGUGACGACGCUCCAACUGCUACCAACUGUACAGCUGCUCGUCUUCACUGCUGCGCAUGCUCUCAAACUCUUCCUCCCGAAACCCUCCCUUCGCCUCCUCCACCGGCCGACCAAGCCGGAGCUGCCGGACGAGCUCGUCGAGGAGAUCUUCCCUAAGGACGAGCCCGUGGCGCUCGUGUGGGCCUCCCUCGACAGCAAGCCCUGGCUCGACGUCCUCACCGGCCCUACCUUCCGCAGCCGCUACCGCGAGUUCCAUGGCGCUCCCCCAUGCUGGGCUUCUUCUACGCCCGAACCAUCGGCUUCGACCACCACGAGGAUGACUCCGCCCCACUCUUCAUUUCCACCACAAAAUGUAAUGUGCGCGUUCCACGUACGCUUCACCGAGCCCGCACACCAAUGUUUGGAUGCAUGGGACAGCCGUCAUGGCCGGGUUCUUCUUCUUGGGGAAAACUACCAUUGUCCUGAUGUGCUCGUCGUUUGGGACCCCAUGACAGGCUGCACUCGGGAACUGUACGGGUACUGGGCCGGAAUAGAGAUGCCCAUAGCUUUGGGGGUCGCGGUGCUCUGCGCCGUGAGCGGCUGCGACCACCGCGCGUGUCACGCGGCCCCUUUUAAGGUGGUCUUUGUCAGCGUGGACAGUAUUUAA